ACAUCAUCAUCACCAUCAUCACCAACAUCAACAUCAUCAUCACCAACAUCAACAUCAUCAUCAUCACCAACAUCAUCAUCAACAUCAUCACCAUCAUCAUCACCAUCACCAACAUCAUUACCACCAUCACCAACAUCAUCACCAUCACUAACAUCAUCAACACCAUCAUCACCAACAUCACCAACAUCAUCAACAUCGGAUUUUUUUUUAAAACCAUCUGUCAUUUUGUAAAUCAUAUCAAUAUCAAUGUUGUAACUAUAUGCUGUAUGGAAAAGUGUAGAUAACGAACAGUCAUCAAUCUCACAGCUUCUACAAAAAAUACAAAAUUAA